AUGGCCUGCUCCCCUGGAAACGAAAGCCUGAGAAAGCAAUACAAAAUUAAAUGUAACAUCGGCCACGGUGCGUUCGGGCAUGUGAAACUCGCUCAGCAUCGCUUCACAGGCAUUCCAGUGGCGAUAAAGACCAUGGAGAACUCAAAGAAGCACACUCGGAUCAUCACGGCAGAGAUGGCAACAUUGCAAUCAUUACAACACCCGAACAUUAUUCGUUUAUUUCAAAUCAUAACGACCCAGAAACAUUCUUACUUUGUCACAGAAUAUGCUCCAGGAGGAAACCUGGCCCAGCUAAUAAAGAAAGGUGGCAGGCUGCAGGAGGAAAAGGCGCAGAAACUCUUUGGUCAGAUGGUGUCAGCCAUCAGGUAUUGCCAUCAUAUCGAUAUCAUACACCGAGAUCUAAAGCCUCACAACAUUCUUCUUGACGCAGAGGAGAAUGUAAAGGUUGCCGACUUCGGUCUUGCCAGAAGAUGCCGAGCUGGAACUGUGCUGCAGGGAAGGUGCGGCACUAACAUCUUCAACGCACCUGAACUGGUACUGGGAGAAGGCUACGAUGGGAAGAAGGCGGAUGUGUGGAGUCUGGGAGUGGUGCUCUAUUUUAUCACCAUUGGGUACCACCCCUUCAAAGGAAGCACCCGGGAAGACACUGAGGGGAAUAUCACCCGAGGGAAUUAUGUGGUUCCAUCUCACGUCUCUGGGCAACUUGAAAACGUCAUUCACCAAAUGCUUACAGUUGUCCCAGAGAGGAGGUCCUGCAUUGAAGACAUUGAACAACAUCCAUGGGUCAUGAAAUGUGAAGACAUCCCACGUGACACUUACCCGGAUCCCAAGGUACUUGACAUACUCUCUGACCUUGGGUUUGAUGUCAAUGUCAUCUUGGAGUCUCUGCAUAAGAGAAAGUAUGAUGAAAUGAUGGGGACGUACCUUAUCAUCAAAGAGCAGGUACGCAAGGGGAUUAAGAUUGACUGCAACACCUUACCCAAGCCUGCAGACCCUGACCCUACACCUCCCCCAUCGCCAUUAUGUCGCCUAAAACGAAGAGCCAGUGAGCCCAUCUUUGACGUCCACCACAGUCAACCUUCACCACAGCACAAGGCUGAUAUCCUGACACUUCUAGAGCGGAAAUUGGCCAAAAGUGCCUCCCUGCCUCAAUAUUGUCCCCAGAAGAAGAUCCCCCCUUGUAGCCAUGACCUCUUCUCCAUAACUGCAGCUAUCCCAUGUAUAGACAACAGCAUAUUGGAAGAGCUGGACUCUGACAUGGAAGCAGCAUCUUCCCCUAAGAACAUCGGGUACUUCAACAGACUGCACAAGAGAAUUGGGGCUUGCCUGUCAAAAUUGUGCUGCUGUUUCCUAAGGAAUUCAAAGACACAAAGCUAG